UUCCGGUCGGUUUGGAGCAAACCUCCGAUAUGCCAGCCUAUCUAUUACAAACCCCUCAUUCUGUUUUUCAGUUAAACCACCACUAUAACUACUCUAUCAGACCACCACUCUACCAAGAGGAUGAUUGCCACCAGUACCAGACUGCCUAUAAAUUUACAAUUUUGCCACUCCACCCCCAAAUUUCUCCCCCAAAAACCCUCAUUUAUCACUCACCCACUCAUCAAAAACAAUCUCAAUUCCAAUCAUAUUCAUCAUCAAGAGAAACCCAGUUGCAGAAGUCAUCGUUUUAGAGCAUUUACGGUCAAAGCUUCAUCAAUGGCGUCAUCAACCGAGACAGAGACCAAAGCCUUGUCUGUUCUGUUUGUUUGUCUGGGUAACAUUUGUAGAAGCCCAGCUGCUGAAGGUGUCUUUAAAGACGUUGUCCUUAAGAGAGGUCUCGAUUCCAAGUUCAAUAUUGACUCUGCUGGUACCAUUAAUUACCACGAGGGUAAUCCAGCUGACCCAAGAAUGAGAGCUGCCUCUAAGAGACGUGGAAUUGAGAUAACAUCCAUAUCGAGGCCAAUUCGAGCUUCUGAUUUUAGGGAUUUUGACAUCAUUCUUGCAAUGGACAAGCAAAACAGAGAGGAUAUAUUGGAGGCUUUUACUAGGUGGAAAUCUAGAGAGAAACUGCCUGAUGAUGCAGCAAAAAAGGUUAAAUUAAUGUGCUCUUACUGCAAGAAACACGAGGAAUCUGAAGUUCCAGAUCCUUACUAUGGUGGACCACAGGGGUUUGAGAAGGUUUUGGAUCUACUUGAAGAUGCCUGUGAAUCAUUGUUGGACAGCAUUGUGGCCGAGAAUAGUGGCAUCCUAAGUUCAUGACUCCUAAAUUAAAGCUGGUAAUUUCAAUUCUUGAAUUGAGGAUAUACUGUGAUUACUUAAUAUCCGUCAUGUUGCUCAUCGUGUCCAAUACGAAGAAUCCCGAUUCAAAUCUUUUACCAUCUUUGUUUUGCCCCGUACAUGGCACAUCACAAAUUAUGAAGAUGACGCUAUGAUUGAAUAAUAUUGUCAGUAAUGAAAUCAAUUGAAUGGAAGGUAACAUUAUUUAAUUA